AUGGGUGUCGGAAACGCAUUGAGCCAGCUCGAUGCGGCUCUGGGCGACCUCAUCGGCCAGUGGAAUGCCUAUUCCACCGGCAUUGCUACACUUCUUGUCUUGACCAUUACCUACUCCAUCAUGUCUAGGGUAGAGCCCGAUAUUCACCCCAUGCUACUUGCCCGCCAAGCUCAAGGUUCACCUGUGCGACAAGAGGGCGAAUCCCCCGUCUAUCGUGGCAACUCUGCUCCUCAUGGCAUGCCUCUCAACGACGGUCUGAAAGUCAAGCCCCCGGGCGCUUCGAAAUGGGCGCAGGGCAGAGAUGGAGAUUUGAGAGACGUCUGGAGACGAGUCGUUUCUGGUUCCGAAGAAGGUUCGGCCAAAGGUCGCAUCCUCACUGUUCAAGGUCGCGAGAAAGUCAUUGAGCAUAAGCUGAACGAAAUCACUCGAGCCAUCAACUUGAUCGGCCAGCAUGUCUCCCAGCAAGGAGGCAGCAGGGUCGCCAUCUACUUGCCCAACUCUGUAGAACUGGUGGCUGCUCUCUUUGCCUGCAGCUUCUACAAUUUGACAGCCAUUGUCUUGCCCUUUGAUGAAUCCCCAGAUGCCCUGGUCUCCAUGCUCCGCCAAUCUAAUGCCGACACUGUUAUUUCACUCUCCGGAAGCUUCCCUCUGGACAGUGUCGUCAAGAGUUACCCGUCUCUCAAGCUUCUGGUCUGGGUCGUGGAACAAGGAAGCAGCCAUCUGGACUGGAACGAGGUACCCGAGGGCUUUGGCGGCAAAGUUAACGUCUCUACUUGGCAAGACAUUUUGCAUGAAAGCCCAGUAACAGCAGGCAAUGAGCUUCCCGCAGAGACUGAUCCAAAUGGCUCGAGCGGAGUCGUCUUCUUUUGGAAGUCAAAGGCCGGCACCCAGGAAGAAAUGGUUGAAUUUACGCAAAAGAACCUGAGUUCGGCCAUUGCCGCUCAGCUGGCUGCCAUCCCGACUACACAACGUCUUUCGCCUGCUGAUCUCUUCCUCUCUGCUGCCCCCUUGUCGGCAUCUUUCCCUCUGACUCUCACUCUUGCUGCUUUGUACUCCAACGCAUCAGUCGCCUUCAACUCUGUUGCUGGCUCGGUUGCCGAUAUUGUACUUGCUACUGGUGGUAUUGCGCCGACUGUUAUUGUCACAACGCCUCAGACAAUUGAAAAGAUGCACACAGAGUCUUCGAGCAAGAUCACAUCUACUUUGACUUCGGCGUCGCACUGGGUUCAAACACGAAGCCUCGUCCAAAACGGCGCUAUGCCGGUUGCCUCUUUCCUCAGCUCUUACAAUGACAAGAUUAAGCCUCUCAUCGGUACAACUCCUGGCAAGCUGCGUCUUGUCUAUGUUGCUGAGGCUGCUGGUGCGGGCACGCCUGUCUUGAGUGAGCGCACCAUUUCCAACUCGCGCAUCUUUUUUGGAGCCCGCGUCAUCUAUGCCUUCACUGCCGCCCGAGUUGCUGGUGCCGUUGCUCAGACUCAAUUCAACGAUUAUCGCAUCCAUGGUAAUGGUACUGGAAGCCAUUUCGGCCCACCUCUUAGCAGCGUGGAGAUUGUUCUAAAGGACAGCGGCAACCACAAGACUUCGGAAGAUGGUCAAAAGAUUGAGGGCGAUAUCAAUGUCCGCGGACCGGCAGUUGCAGGCGGAGCCACAUCCUUGGGCGUCGUUGGAAAGAUCAGGGAAGACAACACAUUGGCUUACCCUUGA